UUAUGUUAACGGUGAUAUAUACGUUAUCAUGUUCUUUUAAAACAUCGGAUUCCAUCUUAGAAUUAUUAUUAUUCAAUAAUUAGAGGAACGUCCAUUAAUUCUUACUAUCCAAUCGCAUUUAUCCAGAUUAGAUAAUAAAAUAAGAAAUAAAGAAGAAACGUAUAACGCGUUUCCAAACUUAUCUAUAUAUUCCAAUGAUGUACUGGAUACAAGAGAAUUGUGGUGAUGUUUCGAGGAUGCGAUUUCAGCUUUAAGUAUUAUACCAUCCAAAAUAUCAUAAGUUUGUUUUAUUUUCCAUGAAAUUGGUUCCACUGUAGUUAAUUUUCUGUGAUAUUAUAUGAUCAGACAUAAAUACCAUUCGUAACCUUUAUUUCAUUUAUAUUCUUAUAUUCUACAUUCGUAAUUAGUAAAAACAAGUUAUGUGCAAUGGAUUGCAAUUUGUUGUGUUUUUUCAUAAUACGAUAAAUUUUUAUACUGUCACCUAUGUUAAGAUUUUUUUCUACAAAGAUUUAUUGCAAUGAUAUAUCGGUCAGUAUGUGUAAAAAAUAAUGUACCGACUAAAGGAUCAAAGGCACUAAACUAUACAUGCAUAUCAUUCAUUCGAUAAAUAUAAUGGGGAAGCAAAGUGAAUCAUGUUGGUGGUGUGUAAAAAUUCUCAAAUGGAUUCCAAUACUUUUCAUCUUGGCUGUCGUUGUUUGGUCUUAUUACGCAUUCGUUGUGCAACUAUGUUAUUAUAGGAUAGAAAAUGACGUUCAGAAAGCCUUCUAUCUAAUUUUCUUCCACAUAAUAUUUCUGCUCUUCUUAUGGUCCUAUUGGCAAACGGUAUUCACAGAUUUAGUAUCUGUUCCAGAUAAGUUUAAAAUACCAGAGGUAGAAAUUGAAAAACUGCAACAAGCAGAAACGGAAGAAGCUAUUAGACAGAUUUUGGAAAGAUUUGCGCAAGAUCUACCAGUAACAAAUCGUACUAUCAAAGGAGGUAUACGAUUUUGUGAGAAAUGUCACUUGAUAAAGCCGGAUCGAGCACAUCAUUGUAGCAUUUGUGGUACUUGUGUCUUAAAAAUGGACCAUCAUUGCCCAUGGAUAAACAACUGUGUAGGCUUCCACAAUUACAAAUUUUUUAUGUUGUUCUUGGCAUAUGCCCUUCUUUAUUGUAUAUUUAUAAUAGCUACGUCUUUACAAUAUGUUAUACGCUUUUGGAAAGGAGAAUUAGAAGGAAUGGGUAGGUUUAACCUGCUCUUCCUCUUUUUUGCUGCUUUAAUGUUUGCAGUGAGCCUUAAUUCUCUUUUCUUUUAUCACUGCUACCUUGUGCUACAUAAUAGAUCAACAUUAGAAGCCUUCAGGCCUCCCAUGUUUCUCACAGGAAAAGACAAAGAUGGUUUUAGUCUUGGAAAGUAUAAUAAUUUCCAAGAAGUAUUUGGCGAUAAUGCACGGCUGUGGUUCCUUCCUGUUUUUACUAGUCUUGGAAAUGGUGUCACCUAUCCAGUACGUUCGCAACACCAGGGCAUAACGAAUACUUAUGAUUCCAUGGGCAGUACUCGUAACAGUUUCGGAGAUGGGGUAAAUUUUCCCGAGCGGCUGUACAAUGAAGAUACUCAUACUCUGUUGGGAAAUGGAACCCAACAAUGGGGUGAUGAAACAGAACUUGGCACCACAUCUCCUUAUAUGUCUCAAUCAGCACAGCCGUAAUACCUCAUGCUGUAAAUGCCAAUCAACCACUGGUGGAUACAAUAGAAAUUGUUUGACAUCUUUAAACAGUACUUGUGAUCUUCAUCUCUCAUCUUGUUUUAUAAAUCGAGAUACAUAGACAAUAUUGAAUUUCUGUAACCUGUAUUCUCUGUCAUUCUUUAUUAAAUUUUGCAAAUAUUAUUUGUUAUA